CAAUGGGACUAUAAGAACAUUGAUAGUAUUGAUCAGGAGUACCCAUCCCUGGAUGUCUUCCUGGAGGGAGCCAUGAAGAAAUCACUCGAAAGUAAAAAUGGCCACCUGGACCUGUUUGUACGCUUUCUCCACGGCCUUUCUCUGGAGUCCAACCAGAGACUCUGGAGCCUGCUGGGUCACACAGACAACAGUCCAGAAAUCACCCAGAGAGCCAUCAACAACCUGAAGAAGAUGAGCAGUCAUAAAAUCUCUCCUGACAGGAGCAUCAACAUCUUCCACUGUCUGACAGAGAUGAAGGACCACUCAGUACAUCAGGAGAUCACAGAGUUCCUGAAGUCAGAGAACAGAUCAGAGGAGGAACUCUCUGAUAUCCACUGCUCAGCCCUGGCCGACAUGCUGCAGAUGUCAGAGGAGGUUCUGGAUGAGUUGGACCUGAAUAAAUACAGAACAUCAUUGGAGGGACGACUGAGACUGUUUCCAGCUGUGAGGAACUGCAGAAAGGCUGUUUUUUCUGGCUGUGUAGUCUCAGAGACUCACUGUGAAGUCAUGGCUUCAGCUCUGGAGUCUAACCCCUCCCAUCUGAGAGAGCUGGACAUGAGUUACAACACUGUGAAGGACUCAGGAGUGGGACAGCUGUGUUCUGGACUAAAGAGUUCAAACUGUAGACUGGAGACGCUGAGUCUGAGUCUCUGCAGGUUGUCAGAGAUCAGCUGUGCUUCUCUGGCCUCAGCUCUGAAGUCCAACCCCUCCCACCUGAGAGAUCUGAACCUGAGUCAGAACAAUCUGCAGGAUUCAGGAGUGAAGCUGCUGAGUGAUCUUCUGGAGAGUCCAGACUGCAGACUGGAGACUCUCAGGUCAAUUCUCCAUCUUUUACAUCUGUGCUGAGAUUAAUAUGUGAGAGAUG